CGGGACAAGGAUUGCCAGGACAGCCAUCUGUAGCAGAGCCCCGCCAGGAGCCACCUAUGGGGAGAGCUAUCCUGGAGCCAGAGGAGGCGAGAGCCCAGAGACAGGCAGAGAAAGAGGCGUUCGAGUUUAGAGCCCCUACUGAGCUCGCGACGCUGCCAGUGGCGGCGGCAGGCCCAGUCGUACCCUUGACAGUAGAGGAGGGGCUGCCACCAUCUAGCAGUGAGCCGGCUCAGGGCUCAGCAGAGGAAUCCAUGGGCAUGCUCCUUGAGGCGGUGCAUACUCUGCAGGAGGAGGUGAGUUUGUUUUCACCUGAGCAGAGGAUAGAGGAGCCUCUUGAGAGGGAGAUGGGGAUUGAGGAGGAGGGUGCCAUCGAGGGCAGACUCCAGAGGAUAGGCACGCCUAAGUAUGGACCAGACGAGAUUGAGAAGCAGCCCAUGGCAGCGCCAUGAGAGACACUCGAGAGGAGACCUCAUAGGUUGGACACGCCUGAGUACGUUACAGCGACAGAGG